AUGCAGAAGAACGACAGCAUGCAAGCGCUGGGGCCGGGGGACUGUGCGUUGGCGCUGGACGACAACAGAGGUCUGGCGAAUCACACGGUGGACCCCCUGGGGAAUCUCUCCCUCCACUGCUGGCUGCACUUCCUGACGAGGGGGUCCAACUCGGAGCUUCACGCGGACGGCUCCAACCUGGUGGUGCGCGUGAUCAUCGCGCUGGUGUACUCGGUGGUGUGCGCGCUGGGGCUGGUGGGCAACCUGCUGGCCCUGUACCUGCUGCACUCCCGCCACCGGCAGAAGCAGUCGUCCGUCAACUGCUUCGUCAUGGGCCUGGCCCUGACCGACCUGCAGUUCGUGCUGACGCUGCCCUUCUGGGCCGUGGACACGGCGCUGGACUUCCGCUGGCCCUUCGGCAAGGUGAUGUGCAAGAUCGUCAGCACCGUCACGGCCAUGAACAUGUACGCCAGCGUCUUCUUCCUCACCGCCAUGAGCGUGGCCCGCUACUACUCCAUCGCCAACGCGCUGAAGAUGCACAGCCGCAAGGCGGCCGCCGCCACCGCCAAGUGGGCCAGCCUGGGCAUCUGGGUGGUGUCGCUGGUGGUGACGCUGCCCCACGCCGUGUACUCCACCAGCCUGCAGGUGUCGGACGAGGAGCUGUGCCUGGUGCGCUUCCCGGACUCGGGCCGCUGGGACCCGCAGCUGCUGCUGGGGCUGUACCAGACGCAGAAGGUGCUGCUGGGGUUCGUCAUCCCGCUGGCGGUGAUCUCGGCCUGCUACCUGCUGCUCCUGCGCGCCGUCCUCAGCCGGCGGGUGAGCGGGGCGGCGGGCUCCGACGCCGAGCACGCGAGGCACAAGCGGCGCUCCAAGGUCACCAAGUCGGUGGUGAUCGUGGUGCUGUCCUUCUUCCUGUGCUGGCUGCCCAACCAGGCGCUGACGCUGUGGGGCGUGCUGAUCAAGUUCGACCUGGUGCACUUCAGCAACGCCUUCUACGUCGCCCAGGACUACGCCUUCCCGCUGUCCGUCUGCCUGGCCCACACCAACAGCUGCCUGAACCCCGUGCUGUACUGCCUGAUCCGCCAGGAGUUCCGCACAGGGCUGAAGGAGCUGCUCCUCCGCGCCACGCCCUCCGUCCGCAGCCUGGCCCGGCUGAUCCCCCGCAAGGCCAAAGUGGCGGAGGCGCCCCCCGUGCUGGUGCUGGUGCAAAUGGAUGUCGGGGUCUGA